AUGGUUGGCUCUACAUCAGUAGAGUUGUCUGUCGUGGGGGCUGCGUCUCAGACUGUUAAGGAUUUGGCAAAACGGAUUUACAUCCCCCUCACGGCCACUAGUCCUGCUGGCUUGGUCGCAGCUGAUACUCUGGACCCAUGGAAUAAAGCUGGAAAAUAUGCUUUGGCAUGGACGUACUUCCCACUUAUUUUGGUUUGUCUAGUCGCAAUAACUAGAGCAUAUCAUCUAUGGACCGACAAGCUGCGUCAAGCGUACCACAAACACGAAGUCGAGAAACAAUUAAUACGCUACUAUCAACAGCAGCAAGAUGAAUAUACUAUGUCGAAUACUCAUACUGGAGAAUCAGAACAGCAAUUUCUCCCGGCAACAACCAUUGAUGAGAAACCAUAUAUUGCCGUUACAAAAGGGUCACAUUGGUCAUCAAUAUCAUUGGUAAAUGAUACAUUGGCAUUGUUUAGAUGGGUGUUCUAUCGUCCAAUCCCAGAGCUCCGAUACAAGAAAAGACUCAUCACCGCAUUCCCAUCUCUGACUGUCUUUGCCUUACUAAUAAUUGGUCUGAUUUUUGUCUCGCUCCAGUGUUUCUUGCCCCAACCGCUCUACUGGGAAAGCAUCCAAUAUGGAUCUCCUCCACUAGCUAUCAGGGCAGGAAUGAUGUCUGUGGCGAUGACCCCAUGGUUGAUUGUCACAGCUAUGAAGUCCAAUUUAAUCUCAUGGAUAACUGGCAUAGGCCAUGAUCGACUAGGCGUUUUUCAUCGAUGGGGAGGCUAUUUAUGUCUCUUCCUGGCUCUUGUGCACACAAUCCCCUUCUAUAUACAGCCUGUAUGGGAUGAUGGAGGAAUGACAGUUUUCGGCAAAAUUUUCCCAGCAAGCCGUGGCAUUAUCUAUGGAACUGGAAUUGCUUGCUUGGCACCACUUGGAUGGCUCGUUAUUGGGUCCUUACCAAUCGUUCGAAGACUUGCAUAUGAACUAUUCGUAGUUCUUCAUAUCCCAGCAGCGGUAGUGUAUGUGGCCAUGUUGUUCUGGCACACCAAUAAUUACCUUACCUCCUGGAGCUACCUCUACGCAACCGUUGCCAUCUGGGCUUUAGCUUAUCUCACACGAGUUGGUAAUUUGAACUGGACAAAGCCAUGGAAGAGCUCUUUCUUGAUUGGUGACGAAGCUGCUAUCACAUUGAUGGCAGAAAACGCAAUCAAGGUAACCGUUCCGACACAGAUGAAGUGGAGACCCGGUCAGUAUGUCUAUCUUCGUAUGCCUGGUAUCUCAGUGUUCGAAAAUCACCCCUUCACCAUUUCUUCUCUUUGCAGCGAGGACUUUCCGUCCGAGUAUGGCGAGCAAUACAGAGAUUGUACUAUGGUGUUUAGACCAUUUGGAGGAUUUACCAAGAAGGUCCUCGAGACUGCGACUCACAACGGUCCCUUCAAAACAUACCGAGCUUAUUUGGAUGGGCCAUAUGGCGGUAUGCAACGAGAGCUUGCUGCUUUUGACACCGUCAUUCUUUUCGCGGGUGGAAGUGGUAUCACAGCAAUUGUUUCACAGCUACUAAAUCUCAUCAAAAGAAUGAGGGAUGGGAAAGCAGUCACUCAGAAGAUUGAAGUGGUAUGGGCAUUGAAAAGACUCGAAUCUAUGGAUUGGUUCAGGGAAGAGCUUAGGAUCUGCAGAGAAUUCGCACCGCCAGACACUAUUACGUGCCAAUUCUUUGUGACGUCAGCAAAGAGAUACUCGAAGAUAGAUGUUGCCGGACGGGCCCAAAGACCGUUAAGCACUGCGUUUCAUGAUAAGUUGGACGGUUUUGUGGCAGGCAUUGCUUCCAAACGAAACUCGGCUCUUAUCCAUGAUGAAGCCCAAGGCAAUGAAGAGAGAGAAAGAGAAUUGAGAAGGGAGGAUGAGGAUGCUAUAACAUCAUUGCCACAUUCGAAACAUUUACAGCCAAGAGUAUACCCCAAUGUACAAACUUCAUUUCCCCCACCACCCACGACAGAGUCAAAGUCAAAGAACUCCGAAAAGAGACGUUCUCUGUUGGCAACACUAUCCCCAGAUUCCCACGAGACCACUCGAAAAUUCUUGUCGCCUCUAGGCUUGGCUACCAAACCACAAACCGAUUCCAAAGAAUCAUUUCACUUCCCGGCACCUCCACAAAAGCUAGAUGCUCCUCAGUUCCAAUACGCUCCGCCCUCGACCAAUCCUAAUCGAGCUAGCUUUAUUCCCGAUACAGCACGUAACAGCUAUAAUCCUCAGGAUCAUAUUGAUGACCCAGCAGCAGAAGCUUAUAAUCCUGACAUAAAAUACUCCGAGGAAGGGCAGCUCUCAGAGCAUUUCGCAAAUCGAGAUUGCGCACCCACGCCUCCAGCAAAGGACACACCGAAGAUGACAAGUGAAAUAGAGACCAUGCCUUCCCUAAAGCCCCCACAACUCGCUCAUCUGCGGCAAAAGUCCGAGGAACUAAAGCUCGAAAUUCCACAGUCAAACUCUCAACACGGCGUCCGGGAUCCAACCUUUGACUUUGGCUUUCCAUCAACGCCUACCUUGUUUCAAAAGAAUCUCAUGCGUUUUGCGUUUGUUGCGCCCAAGAAGAAGGAGGGUUGGACUACUGAAUAUGGUCGUCCUGAUCUAGGAUACAUGUUGAAGGAGAUGGCUACUGGAGGACCUGACGGACAUGGAAUCUUCGGAAGGAGGACGUGCGUCUUCGUUUGCGGUCCGCCCGAAAUGCGUAUCAAUGUAGCAACUACCGUGGCGAAGCUCCAAGCCGAUAUUUGGGGCGAUGACAGUAAAGACGAGAUCUUCUUACAUACAGAGAAUUAUGCUAUCUAA